AGCACGAAUAUGACAGUAGUGACUACACGCCACGUGAUAGCGACAGUGAGAGCGAGACGGAAUCCGGCGACAGCAUCACCAACGAUAAAGAUCGGCCCAAGAAGGUCCGAAACGGUCCUAAAAUAGAACGAAGAGACACCAAACGAUCCGCUCCCCUUCCUGGUAGCCCUCCACCGGCCGAUCUCCCCAGUCCCACAACUUCGGAUGACGACACUGGUGAUGAGGAUUCGGUUAUUGCAAAUAACAAACAUGAGCAGGAGAAUAUCCCAACGACAGAUACUCGAGAUACCGUUAAUGAAGCGGAAGAGGUACGCAACGAUUGCAAAUUCGGCAGAGAAACGGUUAUAAAGCGAGAUGGAGAUGCUACUGAUACGAACGUUGAUAUCGAUGCAAGAUCCUGUAUGAACAGUAAAACAUCACUACAGAUGAUGCAAAGCGACUCCUACGAUGCCAAUACUUCGAUACUCGCUUCCCCACCGAGUCUGACACCACCACAUCCCGGGCUGAGUCCAUUGGCUCGAGUCGACGAUAACAAGGACUCAAAAUCACGGCCUACUUUAUCUGACGGAGGGCCCGCAACCCAGCACCAACCAAAGCCACACAUGAAAUCACAAACAACGGAUCCUACUUCUUUACUCAAGACUACAUUGAUCAAAGAUAUCAGUGGGAAGGAAAGUGCAAAUAGUAUGAAUAGUAUGAACGGCACCGAGAGUACAGGAAUAUUGAAAGCCGCGAGCCGUUCCAGCACAGAUAUUACUGCGGACGAGAUGCCGACUCAGAAGGGCACCGUUGAACGCACAAAGAGUGACCUGGAUGCCAAUAAUGGUCUAUACGACGAUGUAAUCAACCGGCUGAGCAAAAGUAGCUCACCUGUGGCUAAGCAACAACCCGCCGCAGUCGAAGGCGUUUCAUCGGAAAAUAGUGAACCUGAUAGACAAUUACUUACGACACCGGCAUCACCGAAAAUCUCACCGAGGCAUGGUACCAAAGAAGUUGCAAGCGUUGCAGAUGAUGAUGAAUUUAAGAACAUAGGCGAUGACAGCGAGAGCAAAAGUCUGAGCAGUGCCGUAUCUCUGUAUGACGAGACCCACGGCAGUAGCACCAACAUGAACGCUUUGGAGCUUGAAAGUUUUGGAGAUUCAGUACGAAUGAUUGAACAAGAACUGGCCGAAGCUCAGGGAUGGGCUAUUAAACAGGACAAGUUGUCACCAAAACCUCCCAUGCUCAAGAAAAAGGAGGGUUCGAUUUUGGACAUGACGGAAAUGCUCAGUAUUCCACCCCCUGCAGGAGUGAAUAGUUCUGAACCCAAGCCAUUGACUUUUCUGUACUCGGAUUCGGUGGGCAGUGGUAAAAGUACUGCUUCUAGCACACACUGUCAAGCAAGUGUCAAAGAGAGAUCGGGUAAGAAACUCAACGCCACGACGUUUGGUACGAGGUUAUCAAUACUUUCCAACCACUCGAGGACAUCGCAGAAGUCAAACCACAGCACUAGAUCACCGGCCUCGAUGAAUUCGUCCACGAAUUCAAUUCUGAGUGGCGACAGUGGGCAUUACAAUUUGUCUUUCAGUCCCACCACGUACAGUGUCAAGUCGCUUGACGGACCGACUGCCGGUACCGACAAACGCGCGGGCAGUGUACUCAGUCUGGAAGCCUUUCUUAGUUUACAUCCAGAUAAUACAGAGAUUGCAUCGGUACCGGAACUGCGCAACUACGAAUUGUUACCAGAAGACAGCGAAGAGGAAGACGGGGAAUUCAGUAUAUUCGACGCUCUGAGCGAAUUACCUCCUCCUGUAGACUACAUUCCACCCAAACGGUUAUCCACCGUCGAGUCAAUGACAUCGCAAGAGAGCGGGGCAUUUAUCUUGAAAAGAACACGUGGAUCAGGCUCCGUCUUCAGUUUAGGCAGCGAAGGCGAAGAAUCAGACACAGCUACGUUGCUUCAGGUGAGUGUGAUGCAGUAG